AUGACCGUCUUCGCGCCCAUGCUGUCCUGUCCGCUCAAGCAGACCAACGAGAUCGACUGGGUCACCCCAUUGAAGCAGUACAUCCGCCAGACCUACGGCGACGAUCCGGAGCGUUAUUCGGAAGAAUGCGCGACCCUCAACAGGCUGCGCCAGGACAUGCGCGGGGCUGGCAAGGAUAGCGCCGCGGGGAGAGACCUGCUGUACCGAUACUACGGCCAGCUGGAGCUUCUGGACUUGCGCUUCCCAGUCGAUGAAAAUCAUAUCAAGAUAUCAUUCACUUGGUUUGAUGCCUUCACCCACAAGCCCACCUCGCAAUACUCGCUCGCGUAUGAGAAGGCCUCGAUCAUCUUUAACAUAUCCGCCGUCCUCUCUUGUCACGCCGCCCACCAGAACCGCCACGAGGAUGUGGGCCUCAAGACCGCCUACCACUCCUUCCAGGCUUCAGCCGGCAUGUUCACCUACAUCAACGAGAACUUCCUGCACGCGCCGUCCACGGAUCUGAGCAGAGAUACGGUCAAGACAUUGAUAGCUAUAAUGCUGGCGCAGGGCCAGGAAGUCUUCUUGGAAAAGCAGAUUGAAGAUGGCAAGAAGGUCGGCAUGCUGGCCAAGCUGGCCAGUCAGGCCUCGUUUCUCUAUACGCAAGCAACCGAGGGAGUGCAGGACAAUGUGACCAGGGGCAUCUUUGAGAAGGUCUGGUUGCUGGUGGUGCAGGUCAAGGCCAACUACAUGGCGUCGCUGGCUCAAUACUACCAGGCCCUGGCCGACAAUGACGCUAAUUCCCACGGAGUCGCCAUUUGCAGGCUUCAUUCUGCAGAGCAACAGGCGAAGGAUGCGAACAGGAUUGCGAAUGCCUUCCCCUCGAGCGUUCCGGCCACUUCAAAUCUGAGCUCUGAGACUGGUGGUAUUCUCAUAGACAUGACGAAGCGGCAUCUCGUGAAUGUUCAGGAGCGUAUCGAGGAGUUCACCAAGGAUAACGACUUUAUCUACCACCAGCCUGUUCCCUCUGAGGCCACUCUGUCCCCCAUUCCCAAACUGCCUGCUGCGAAGGCCAUCCCUGUUAGCGAACUUUACCAGGGCCAGGACAUCCAGAGGAUAAUAGGUCCCGACAUUUUCCAGAAGAUUGUUCCCAUUUCGGUAACGGAGCAGGCCAGUUUGUAUGACGAGGAGAAAGCAAAGCUGAUAAGAGCUGAGGCCGAGCGCGUGGAAACGGCCAACGAUGAGAUGGCGGCGAGUCUGGAUUACCUCAAGCUGCCGGACAGUUUGAACAUUCUGAAGGGCGGUAUGGAUCAGGAGAUGACAGUUGACGAUGACUUCCGGAAAUGGUGCGAAGAAUUGGCUGGCCAUGCUCCCUUCACUACCGCCUUUGACCAGUUGAGCACGGAAAAGUCGUCGAUCACAGCGAUCCUUGAUACAGCUUCGAAACAGCUGGAUAUGGAAGAGAGCGUGUGCGAGAAGAUGCGGUCCAAAUACGGCGCCGACUGGACGCAACAACCGAGUGCGCGCUUAACGGCAACGCUCCGAAGUGAUAUCAAGAACUACAAGACCGCCAUCGAAGAAGCAAGCAUCAGCGAUGCGGCUCUCUACAGCACAUUCCGCCAAUACGAGUCGGAUUUCGAUGAAAUGCGUUCCGCUGGAGAGACUGACGAGGCGGAUGUGCUCUACCAGCGGGCGAUGAUCAAAGCUGGUGCAGCUCGUGGCAAAGGCAGGAGUAGUCCUGGUACCGAGGGCAACCUAUUGGACGACGACUUCGAGGGUGGGCCGAGUGUCACGGAGCAAAUUUCAGCCGUUGAGGAGCUUCUAAGGAAGCUGAAUUUGAUCAAGCGUGAAAGGCAGCAAGUGCUGAAAGACCUCAAGGAGAAGGUCCACAACGACGACAUCUCGAAUGUCCUCAUUCUCAACAAGAAGCAGAUCUCUAACCAGGAGAACCAGCUCUUCAAGGCCGAGCUUGAGAAGUUCCGCCCUCAUCAAAACCGGAUCCUACAGGCCAAUCACAAGCAAUCCUCGCUUAUGAAGCAGCUCACGCAGACCUACGGUGAUCUUUUGCAAGACAAGCGCGUGCGGUCAGAGCAAAGCAAAUACGAAGCAUUCUCUAGACAGAGGAGCUCUGUCAUUAGCAAAUACCGCAAGAUCUACCAGGCUUUCAACGACCUGAUCUCUGGUCUCAUGAGGGCGCAGGCGUUUUACUCUGACAUGAAGGAGACUGUCGAGAGCUUGCAGCAGAAUGUCGAAAGUUUUGUCAACAAUAGAAGGGCUGAGGGUGGGCAGCUCCUUGGUUCGAUUGAGAACAGAAAAGCAUCAGGAAGUAGCGAACAAGCGGACCGGGAACGUGAGCGGAUGCAGCAACUUAUGGAGCGUAUGUCGGUAGAACCGUCACGGUCGCCCGUCUCGCAACACGAGCGGACAAAUUCCCGUCCUUCCCCGUUACAGCAGACCACAGCAUACCAAACUCCCUACAACCCGGCCAGCUCACCACCAGUAACACCGCGUUACCCGCCCGUCACUGCUGCAGCCCCAUCAGGAGGCCCUUACGGCGUACAAUCCCCGCCCGGGCACCACCAAUCAUACCAGCCGCAACCCCCAACGAAUGGCAAUGCCGCGCCUUACCAACCGCAGCCCCCUCGCCGGGAAUCAUACCAACGCGAAUAUAACCCCAAUAACUACGGACAGAUGUCGCCGCCACCGACACAGCAGUACUUCUCUCAAAGCCAGUACGGCGGCUACCAGCCCCAAGCUGGCGGUAGCCAGUUGCCUCCAGGCUACAUUCCGCCGCCUCCGCCGCCGGGUCCCCCGCCAAGUCAUCAAAGCGUCGACUACUCUGGAUUGACUGGCAGUGGUGCUGCGUAUCCCAGCGGUCCAGGUGGAUAUGCAGCGGGUGGAUACAGGGCACAAAGCAUGGGCCAAGGGCAGCCGCAGCAGCAAGCCAGUGCAGCGGAUCCGUGGGCGGGGUUGAGCGCAUGGAAAUGA